CCCACAUGUGACUACACUAGACACGCUAAAAACAUUUAAACGCUAACACGGCUAACACGUGGAAACUUACCUAGGUAUUCAUGCAUAUAUCCGAUAAAACUUGACAUUUAUCAGGCACUUAGACAUUACAUACACAUAUGUAUGCAGUACUAUGCACAAAUGAGUCGUUAACUUUAAACAACGCUUCAUUCUACGAACCUAUCAUUUCAUGUUACCAACUAUAGACAUCUAUUAAUAUCCAUGAUCACUAUUAGUGGACUUGAUUAAUGCGACUCGCCAAUUGCCUCGACAUCACAGGCUUCUGUUAAACACACAGUACGAAGUAGUCAGUCUUGAGUUUCUCGACUUACGAAUUACAUAGUGCCAAAAGGCAGUCCACAAGACAGAGCACUCCAACAACGGUUCAGCCUAUCUAGCCUUUAUUCAACUAUCCCUGACGUCAACAGACUCACAAAUUCACAAUGGCAUUCCCCUCACGGACACUCCCUAGCCAUAUGCGCCAAGGUUCUACCUCAAGCAACCCUGGCGCUCCGUCUAGUGGACAGCCUUCCGCACUCCUAGCCAGAGUUAACGAGAAGAAGGCGGAGCUGGAGAAUUUGAAGGAGCUACGAGAACUGAGCGCGGCUAUGGCGAAUCAGAUGGAAGCCUUGGAGCAGAAACUGGCUACUCUAUCCGAUGGAACAGAAGCAAUUGCAACGGUGUUAGGUAACUGGCACAACGUUUUACGUGUCAUUAACAUGGCAUCAGCCAAAAUACCUACCCCAUCAAAUCCACCAACUGCAGACGAGUCUGAACCAGAAGCCCAAGAGGAGGAAACAUUACCUCUACCACAAACUCUAGUCCGAAUACCGACGGACCAUGCACCAGCCUUACAGGCUCAGGCCGAGGCUGUCAUGGAAAAUGAGGCCAACUCAUCCUUGACACCCUGAGUAGGUAUCUUUGUUGCAGGUGAUAAGAAGGGAUCUCAAAGAAAGCAAUUACGUAGUGAUGCUUACUUGCCGCCUCAUCAUUGACUUUAUGAUGUUUAUGGACAAUUAUGUCGCAUAUACUUUCCAGUCGAUAUACAUAUGUAUGAGUCGUAACCACUAAUACAUAACUACUCUUAUGUACAAGUCUGAAAUGGAGGAAGAUGUCUGUGCUGCAUUUCCUGCAAGGAUAUCUCGAUUUAAAGAAAAAAGUGAAGUGGGGGAAAGAUCGCGUCUAUCUACGUCAGCUAGGCUCAGGGAUCUUUUUCCCAUAGCAACAGCUUAGUAAGAAACGCGAUCAAUCAGACGCGAAAGAAAAGACGGUUCAUUGAGCUAAACUCACAAUCAAUUGUCGACUAUCAAGUACAAUCUAUUGUGUACCCAGUAGACUACCAGUAUGUAGUGCUUGCCUAAUUAGUA